AUGACGGCGCACCCUCAGUCACUGCGUCAGCCUCUUGUCACUGUUCUGUUCCAGCCGCGUGUCACACCCGCCGCUCACCUCAGCACUCCGGCGGACCCCAGAGGCCCCGACGUCCCUGCGCCUCUCGGUGCCGAAUCCAAGAGAUCCGAUCUUCUCACGCCCCCGUCUACCUUCCAGACUCGCUCGUCCGCGGGCCUCUUGGGCGCGCUCUCUGGGUCGCACAGCGGAGAGCAAGUGCAAGGCGUCGUGAACGGCAGCAAGAACAGCAACAGCUCCCCCCCGCCUUUUGCGACCCUCGCUCUUCUGUAA